AUUUUGUAAAACCUGCAUACCAAUUUCAUACCAGUUGCAGUAGCGCUAAUUAAAAACAUAUGGCAAACAGACAGUGACAGCUAGAUUCGUAUGUGAGGCAAUAAGAAAGAGAUAGAGAAGUGCAGCCUUUCAUUGUUCUGUGUUUUAAUACAAAUACUGAAUUGUUAAAAUGAUCUUUCAUUUAAAAAUAGAACCAAAGUGUUAAAAAACCUUAAUCCAAUAUCAAAAUAUUUUUUUCACUCGCAAUAUUGCAACCAAUAUUUUUGGUUGGCGGCCAAAUACCAAUGUCGAACAUUGAUCGCAAAAUUUGUGGAACGAGGCCAGCACACGUGUACAUAUACACAAACAUUGGACGAGCGGCGCGUUCUGAUUGGUUGUUACGUCAGGCGGGCUCAGUUGUUCUUGUUUUGGAGACUGAUUAAGACAAUUUUUGUAUCGAAAUAUAUUGGAAAUGUCCUGGACGAGCGAUACUGUGUUGGAAUUUCUGGAACUUUACAGAAGAGAGCAACAUCUAUGGGACCCUAAACAUCCUCUACACAGAAAUAGAAGUGAAGUUGCAGAGUCCUGGCUCAGAAUACAAGCAUCGCUUAGUAUACAUUGUUCAAUUACUGAUUUAAAAAAGAAAAAGGAAUCUUUAAUGACCUCUUUCCGGAUGCAUCUUGGCAAGAAGAAAGCUCAAGUAGGGUACCGUACUACAUGGUUCGCUUACAGUCUUAUGGAGAGCUUUCUUGGCGGCAAAUACGAAUGCGAUAGCACAAACCAAUUGGAAAAUGAGUAUUUUACAAAUGCAGGAAAUUAUACAACGCAACCAGGGAUACCGGAACAUACGAAUAAUAUGAAUAGAAACAUUAACAUAAUAGAUAAGCAUGCCUCAUUAGCGAGGCAAAACAAACCAUCGUCUCCGUGUCAGAAGAACUCAGCGAACAAAAAUGUUUCAGACUUGAAUUACUCAAAGAAACGAAUGGAUGAAUCUGGAAAUUAUUUAAAAACUGCAAAUGAGGUUAAGACUGAAAUGGACGAGUAUGACUUGUAUGGCCAAUUGUUAGCGAAAAAGCUCAGGAAGUUAGACGAAAGGCAACGGGAUUUGGCUAUGCACGAGAUCGAUAAUGUUAUGUUCCGUGCUAAAAUGCAGAGUAACACACCCCAGCAAAGAAGUUACUCUACAUCGCCGUCUCCAGUACCGCGCAAACUGAAGUCUCCUAUAUUUAUAGUGGCGCAACAGAACCUCUCGACCAGUAUACAGUACGAGGAUGAGAAUAUUUCGUAUCAAGAACAGCCUCCAUCUUAAAAGUUGAUAAAAUCUAUUUUUGGAUUACGGAACAAAACUGAAACGCUUCUGAAUCGAGGCGGAUUUGAAAUUCGAAAUCAAUUCGAGUCAUUGGAGUGAGGUCAAAAAAGAAGUAGAGGUUAUCCACUAAUUGUCGAUGGCCAAUUAUUUUGUUUGAAUAAUAUUUUUUGUUACCUACAUUUUAAGUUUAAAUGUAUAAUUAAUUAUAAGGUUACCUACCGCAGAGGUAUCCAGUGAUAUAUUUAUCCUAAAAGAGGUUUAACAUAUUUAACAGUUAUCGGAAUAUUUAUUAUUUUUAUUUAAUGAUUAGCUUUGUAAGAUGUUACAUAAUUAAAAGUUAUUCACGGUAGUGCCUAAUAUUUUACAGUAAAUUAAUAUUUAUUAUCGGCACAUUUAAUUAAUAAUAGUAUUUAAUUACCGAGACCAUGCGAUAAUGUGCACUUUGACUUUUUUCCAGCUGAAUGUGCUCUGAACGUUUUCAAACAAACUAUAAUAUUUUAUUACAUUAUCAAAACUGUCUGUUCUUGUUUUACUGUCCUUAUAUCAUUUCACCUUCCAUAAGACGAACUUUACACCUUAACCUGUAAUUUAAUUAUCUGUGGUAGGGAUUUCCCCGAGUAACAAAAAAGCUAUUUUUGAUGACGAUGAUCGUCCUGCUAUCGCUACUAUCGCUAGUCAAUCAAAGGAUUAUACUAACUUACAUGAGAUUUCGCCGGCUCAACAAAGAUUCCAUGUAUUAUUGUAACUCCAGUAAUAAAUAUGCUAACGUUUAACUAAGCUAAAUGUUGAUAAAGUAAAAACACGGAAUAAAUGAGUUCUCCUCAGAAAAAAAACAAUUGAUUUAUACAAAUAUUUUAACAGUUCAAAUACCAGCGGAUGACGUCAUUACAUUGUUUUAAAAAGGGUUUUUACCAACUUGGAAGGUAAGUACAAUAAUUAUCUGAACAGCUUUGGACUUUGGACUGUGUCGAUGUCGGUGCGUGUUAGAAGCAUCAUCUUUUAUCCUUGUAUCUACUUAGUAGUAUCUAUUUAUUUGGACUUUGAGUUCUUUACUAUACUAACAAUACAAUACUCAGAGCAUUUACUAAGAACUGACGUGGUAAAUUCUUACGCAAUAAAAGUUGUUGGUCACGAAACCAAUUUCAUAUUUAUCUACCAUGUAAGGGUAGUUAAGUACAUAAACACAUCGUUUACAGGUGAAAGAUAAUAUUUCACGAUAUUUUCUUUAUAACUCUGAAUACUAAAUAGGAUAUGCAAAAAUACUGUACGCUCGUAAGAACGAGCGGGCACAGGAAUUUAAAUAAGUCCUAUGCAAACAGGAAGGUCAGCGUUUUUAUGACAUGUUACUUUCAGUGCGAGGCGGAACUUCUAUUGUACCACAGUUGCAGCAGACCCUGGUAGACCACAAAUAUUCAGAAGUUGGUUCCAC